UCUAGGUCACACUGUUGACAAAAAUCUGGGCCGGAUCGACGAGAAUUUUUAAAAGUUAUUAUAUGAGACUGGCCACAGGAUAUCGGGGAGCAGGAAGUGACUAGAAGACUUCACUUCAAUUCGUGUUAUCAACACACCGUAAUACCCUGCAGCGGAAGCAACUAGAGCAGCCAUGUCCGCGUUCACAGAGUCGGCGCUCCUAAAGAAGCUGGCCGAGCUGAACAGCAGCCAGCAGAGUAUCCAGACGCUGUCCUUGUGGCUGAUUCACCACCGCAAGCAUAGUGCGGCGAUUGUGAAGACCUGGCAGCGGGAGCUGGAAAACGUGUCGGAGCCCAUGAAGAAGCUGACGUUCAUGUACCUGGCCAACGAUGUCAUCCAGAACAGCAAGAAGAAGGGGCCAGAGUACGGCAAGGAGUUUAGCCAUGUCCUGGCGAAAGUCUUCUCCCACAUAGGCGAAAAGUGCAGCACGGAUAAGCUGCUCGGUAGCUUGGGCCGCAUCCUCAACAUCUGGCUAGAGCGGGGUGUCUACGAUCCCAAGGUUAUAGCCGAUUGGCGGUCGCGUCUCAAUCGGGAAGGUAGCAGCAAUGGUGGCAAGUCCAAUGGCGAAUCGAACAAGACGGAGACCAAGGAUUCAAAGAGGGAGGAGAAAUCGGAGCGACGGGAGAAGCGUAAGCACGAGGAUCGUCACUCCAAGUCAAAGCGUCAGCGGCAUCAUCACCACAGCAGCAGUGCCAGCUCCUCCAAUCAUGCUGCAACAGCGGCAGCGGAGGAGAACAUUGUUGCAGAGCAGCCAGAAAAUGGCCACACCCCGCCUUACCUGCCACUGGGUGAACCACCAGAGCCCGAGGAGCUAAUCAAGGCGCUAACCAGUAUCGAGAACUCCGCCUCCAGCGAUGCGGUGGUUCGUGAACGGAUUGCCAAGCUGCCCCAGGAAAUAUCAGAGAUUAGCUGCAUCAGCAAAUUGGAGGACAAGGACAAGGCCAAGGCCUUGGCCCUGCAGGUCAACGAAGCUGUGGACCUGCUCAAUGAUUACAAUGCUCGUCUGGCGGCCGAAAUGGAGGAGCGCACCAAACUGGCCACCAUGCUGCGUGACUUUCAGGCAGAGCAAAAGGAGCUGCUGUCCCAGGCAGAGCAACGCCUCGAUGAACACAAGAAGAAACUGGCCAAGAUGCUGGGCCUGCAGAAGGAGAUACACGACCAUCUCUCUAACCUGCCCGAUCUGACCCAAUUGCCGGAUGUGACCGGUGGACUGGCGCCCCUGCCCUCCGCUGGCGAUCUCUUCAAUGCCCUGCACUGAUAACCACAACUGAAAAAGAAACCACUUAAAGUCAACCCUAGCGUUUAUACUAUUAUAUAUAUAUUUGCAAUUGUCCCCCGUACGAGCACCAUGUCCUAAGCCCGCAUCCACUGAUUGUAAUCCCCUUUAAAACACACACUAAUGACGGUUAAAUAGAGCAUAUAAUUGCAAGCAAAAA